GUUCAAUAACAGAUUUUUGGCUCAGUUUUAACCUCACAUAGGGUAUAAUGAGACGAUACUGCUGAGACGGGCCUUGGGUCCAUUGGGCUAUUGCUGCCUAGUGCCGAACAAGUGGCUCCACCACGUGAGGGGAUAAAAUUGUGGAUUGGAAGAAAGUCUUGUGUGACCGGGGGAACAGGACUUAGGAAGCAGUUGGUUUGAAGUAUAAUCCUGCAUCCAUUGCUAUCUAGAAAAUGUCUUAUGGAUCCAUUGAUGGGAGUGGAUUUGGGAGCAGGAAUCCAUUUGGAGGCCCUUCGAGACAAGGCUAUCAACCUCUCGCCACCCAGAUUGAUCCCAGUGAACUACAGGAACUUUUUCAGGAGACUUCAGCCAAUGUCUUCCGAAUUAACUCCAAUGUGACCUCUCUGGAAAGAAGCCUUCGAUCUCUGGGGACCUCAAAUGAUACUCAAGAGCUGCAGGAUGGACUGCAUGCAACCCAGCAGGAGACUAAUAAAACCAUCACGACUAGCACCAAAGCCAUCAAGCAGCUGUCUGAGGUUGUUAGAGGCUCAUCCAGGCAAGAGCGACUUCAGCUGGACAGGCUGAAGAACCAGUUGUCUGAUGCCAUCCAGAGAUACGGAGCUGUGCAGAAGAAAAUAGCAGAGAAAUCCAAAGCUUUGCUUCCUACUGGGCAGAGAAGUACCAAACAGAGUCCUAGGACCCCCUUCUCUGACCUACCUGAUGAUGAGAAGAUCUUUAACAGGGGAGAUGGCAUGUGGCAGAACCAGAGCCAGGAUCAAGCCUUGCUUUCGGAAAUCACAGAAGAGGAUCUGGAGGCCAUCCGUCAGCGGGAAGAGGCCAUUCAGCAGAUUGAGAGUGACAUGUUGGAUGUGAACCAGAUCAUUAAAGACCUGGCCUCCAUGGUGCAUGAGCAAGGAGACACAAUAGAUAGUAUUGAAGCCAACAUUGAGACUGCAUCUUCUAAUGUAGAAUCAGCCAAUGAGCAGUUGGCAAAAGCCAGUCAGCACCAACUACGAGCCAGGAAGAUGAAGUGCUGCCUUCUCUCUGUUGCGUUGGCCAUUCUGCUGUUCGUUGUCAUAAUCAUCGCAGUCUCUGUCAAGCGCUGAUCUGGCUAUGGUUUCCACAGAGCCCGUGAUCACCCUGUGAAGUGGAAUGGAUUCUCAAGGCAUUUCACAUUCAGGCCCUACGUCAAUGUCUGCUUUACUGAUCACGUCGUAUUAAAACUGCUAUGGCCAACAAACACUAAUUGUAUGAAAGAAAAGCUAAGUUUUAUACUGUGUGUUAGUAUAAUUGUGAAUAAUUUUUCCUUUUUUUUUUCCCCCCCUUCAUUGCAGACAUGUUUUACCUUAUGUUACAGAUUUUAAUUACGCCCCCUGUGUAUCUGGGGAAUGCUAUUUCUUUGCCUCCAGAUUUGGUAUACAGUGUGUUGUAAGAUACGUAGCUGUUAAUUCAUCUUUAUUGUUUGUGUUUUUAACAUGCUCUUGAUCUCCAGUUCUGCUCAUUGAAAACCAUGAAAUUCAACAUGUUUUGUUUGAUUCUUUUUUGUUGUCUUUUUUGUACAUUUUAAAAAUAAUCUAGCUCAGAUUCUCAUACUGUGCACUGCUGCUUUAGAAUUUGCUCUGCCAGAUCUGAGCUAAGCAAUUUCACAAUUAUAUGUGCCAUUUACAAACACAUCAAUUAGAUGUUUAUUUGAUCCCAUUGUGUGCAUAGAACACCACAUUUAUUUAUGAAAAACACUAGUGAAACAGCAGGACAAAUAAACAUCAAGGCAUAUUGUUACCAUUUUUAAAAAAAAAAAAAGAUCUUUAAUCUGUUAAAAAGAUCAAGCAAGGCGUCUCAUGAAAAAAGUCACAUUUUGCAUUAGAUUUCAUUUCAUAGGUUUCAAUGCAACCAGCAUUUGGGAUUCUGUUCCAUUUUCACCCACAAUAUUUUCUGCUGAAAAUAUGAUUGAAAAUGCCAUUUAAAUUCUUCUUUAAAUGUGUCGUGUACUA